GAUUUCUUUAUUAGGCACAUGACCCCAUUUCAGUGAUGAUAUGAUUGAUGGGUACUGGAACCACUGCUAUCAACCGCAAGAACACGAAUCAUCUUCACGGCUCUACAUCUUUCUUACCCGUUUGCAAUCAAAUUCGAACCCUAGACUCGUCUCCAGCUUCACUUUCUUCUCAUCAAUGGCGGCUUGUUUGGGUUCGCUAUCGGAAAUGCAUUCCAUAAGUACGGUUCUUGAAGAAGUGGAUCAAGAAAAGGAGAUAGUCCGACCCGAUACUACGGAUUCAAAUCCUAUCUCACCCGCCUCCACCUCCACCUCCACCUCCACCUCCGUCAUGGUGAUGCGUCAUAAGGUCGAGAGAAUCUUUCCGGUUUAUGCCAGGGGUGGAUUAUCUCCAAGAUCCGAUUCGGUUGUCAAUUCGGGUUCGGUUGUGGGUGAUUCUAUUUGGGAUGCUGUUAGAGUAGAGGCCAAGCUUGAGGCAGAGAAUGAGCCAAUUUUAAGCAGCUUCUUAUAUGCCAGCAUACUGUCGCACGAUUGUUUAGAACGAGCAUUGGGAUUUAUUAUUGCCAAUCGGCUCCAAAAUAAUACGCUAUUAGAAACCCAAUUGAUGGAUAUAUUUUGUGAUGUAAUGGUUCAAAACCGAGGCAUCCACCGAGCAAUUCGCCUGGAUCUACAGGCAUUUAAAGACAGAGAUCCUUCAUGUUUGUCUUAUUGCUCUGCUCUUUUAUACUUGAAGGGUUACCAUUCCUUACAAACGCACCGAGUGGCACAUGCAUUGUGGAAUCAAGGACGCAAAGUGUUGGCUCUUGCGCUACAAAGUCGAGUUAGUGAGGUGUUUGGAGUUGACAUACAUCCAGCUGCCAAAAUUGGAGAGGGAAUACUGUUGGAUCAUGGGACGGGAUUAGUUAUUGGCGAAACUGCUGUUAUUGGAGAUAGAGUUUCACUAAUGCAGGGUGUAACCUUGGGAGGAAGUGGAAAAGAAACAGGGGAUCGACACCCGAAAGUUGGUCAAGGUGUGCUGAUUGGAGCUAGUGUGACUGUACUUGGGAAUAUCAAAAUUGGCGAUGGUGCGAUGAUAGCUUCAGGCUCACUUGUUCUUAAGGAUGUUCCUCAACAUAGCAUGGCUGCAGGAAUACCAGCAAAGGUGAUCGGUUAUGUAGAAGAGCAAGUUCCAUCUUUAACAAUGAAGCAUGAUGCUAGCAAAGACUUCUUUGAACAUGUAGCAGUUGGUAGCGAUGGAAGAUCGAACGGCAGCUACUCUAUAUAACCAUAUAGACUGAAGGAAGAUCGAACGGCAGCUAUUUUACACAACCAUAAAAACUAUAGUGUUUUAUUCAAACAAAUCAAAGUUAUUUUGUUGUUAUGUUACCAAAAUAGGUGUAUUAUUGCACUAAAUUAGAAGACAAAUUGGUUCUCCCAACUGCAGUU